AUGGCGGGUGUCAGCUGCAGCACAAUGGUGGAGCAGGUGAAUGGGGGUUCCAGACCAAGGCAGGUGCUGGUCACCGUCAUCAAGAAUCUGUUAGCCGAAAAAGUAGAACAGUUGAUGGAAUGGAGUUCCAGGCGCUCAAUCUUCCGAAUGAAUGGCGACAAAUUCCGAAAAUUUAUAAAGGCACCACCUCGAAACUAUUCUAUGAUUGUUAUGUUCACGGCUCUUCAGCCUCAGCGGCAGUGUUCUGUGUGCAGGCAAGCUAAUGAAGAAUAUCAAAUCCUGGCUAAUUCCUGGCGCUAUUCAUCUGCUUUCUGUAACAAACUCUUCUUCAGUAUGGUGGACUAUGAUGAGGGGACGGAUGUUUUUCAACAGCUCAACAUGAACUCUGCUCCUACAUUCAUGCAUUUCCCUCCAAAAGGCAGACCCAAGAGAGCUGAUACUUUUGACCUUCAAAGAAUCGGAUUUGCAGCUGAACAGCUCGCAAAGUGGAUUGCUGACAGAACGGAUGUUCAUAUUCGAGUCUUCAGACCACCCAACUACUCUGGCACCAUCGCUUUGGCCCUGUUAGUGUCGCUUGUUGGUGGUUUGCUCUAUUUAAGAAGGAACAACUUGGAGUUCAUCUAUAACAAGACUGGUUGGGCCAUGGUAUCUCUGUGUAUAGUCUUUGCUAUGACUUCUGGUCAGAUGUGGAAUCAUAUCCGUGGACCUCCCUAUGCUCAUAAGAACCCGCACAAUGGACAAGUGAGCUACAUUCAUGGAAGCAGCCAGGCCCAGUUCGUGGCUGAGUCCCACAUCAUUCUGGUGCUGAAUGCUGCUAUCACCAUGGGGAUGGUUCUUCUAAAUGAAGCAGCAACAUCCAAAGGAGAUGUUGGAAAAAGACGAAUCAUUUGCCUGGUGGGAUUGGGCCUGGUGGUCUUCUUCUUCAGCUUCCUUCUUUCGAUAUUUCGUUCCAAGUACCACGGCUAUCCUUACAGCUUUUUAAUUAAAUGAAGCCAAGUGGAAUUUCCAUAAAGUGAAAGUUUACCAUGAAGAUGAAGUGAUCCUGACACUCUACUUUGAAUUCUUCAGUACAUUUCCAUGUUUAUUGUGAUAAUGUAGCUUAUUCUUGUGUAAUUUUAUAAAUGUGAGGUUUCCCAGUGAAUUUAAUUUAUGGAAAUGUGUGGUUAAAUUUAAUAUUAGCACUGGAAAGAACAAAGUAAACACUGACGUGUUUUUCAAGCAUAUCAUCAUAUUCCGUGUGUGCUCCAGGACUGAAAUAAAUGACAGUGUGUCAAUUCAUGCUUAAAUGUUCGCUUAUUAGUAAGGGAAACCACAGCGUUACUAAGGGAAAACUAAGAAGUGUGUGUUAAUAAAUUCCUAGGGCUGUACAGAGAUAAGAUAUAUGCAUGAAAAUAUGUCAUGUUCUGAAAAAUUAUAUUUAUUGCAGUUUCAAGUUAAAGGAUAUGGUUAUAUAGUGUUUUGUUCUAAUUAGUCCUAACUAGAGGAAGGUGUGCAGGACAGGGAGCUGGGUGACUAGUACCUACAACUUGGAUGCCUAACCUGGGAAAGAUAGCUUCUUUCCAUUUAUAAAUCUAAAACAAACGUGACUAAAGCAACAUGCCUCAAAGGAAUCGGCAAUGGAAGCAGCACCCGAACUAAGAAUUCGUUCCUCUCCAACUUCAGAGGUGUCAUCUAGGAAUCCAGACUUAGAACCACAGAACUCACCCUUAUUUCCCCCGCGUUGCCAUCAAAACCUCAUUCCCUGAAUUACCCUGAUAUGAGUGAGUGACUCAGGGAAGCUGUUUUGAAAACCAAAUAUUAUGUUUGCAUAUCCUGUUUCUGAUUGUUUAUACAGCACCUUCUCAUAUGUUAUGGAGUUUUUUCCUUCACAGCAAUUCUGUAAAUUAGACAGGAAAUGAAAAUUUUGUCUGACUUAUAGAAGUAUUACAAGCUGAAAGCCAAAAAGAAUAAAAAAACAGAGCUUGUAGCUAGACUUUUAAACCUCAAACCUGAAUUUUUACUUCUGUGGUGCUACCCAAAGAAGGAAUUAGAAACAGUCCAAUAAACUUUUUGUUUUUCCUCAUUAGGCUUUGUUACCUAAUUUUCAUUGAGAUCCAAAUAAUAGACCACGAACAACUUUGUUAGCUAUAUUCUCAAACAGGAACCAGUGUACAUCCACAGAAUUUACUUAUCUUGUAUGUAUGAAAUUCAA